AUGUCCAAAUUGAGAAGCAUCCUGAAAACUAGCAGAAAACAGAAGAAAUCAAGUUCAAAGGAAGAAUCUUCACUUUCUCAUAAUACUAAAGUAUCCAAAGCAGCUAAAAUCAAAGAAUCUUUAGAAGAACUUAUUAAUCUUAAUGACAAUGAUGAUAAGUCUCAAAGUGCUGAGCAUUGUGUUGAUGACAACUCCAAUAGCAACGACUCUGUUCUCAACAUUGAUCAGGACAAUGAUGACGGCCAGCUUAAUGACAUUACCGACACCAAACAAUAUUCCUCUGGAGCCUCCCCAAGUCAAGAUGACACCGAAGCAGCUUGGCAUGAUGCUCAUGACCAGUCAGUCUCCAUUGACAUUCACAAAAACUCCAGAACCAAGAAGCUCCAAGAACAACACAACGAAGCAGCUGUGUCUGGAAUCGAGUACACCAAGAGACUCCGCAAGUUCCAACACAAAGUAGCUCAGGACGACAAGAACGAGCUCUACAAAUGGGCUUUCACUCCUGAUGAUGCUCACAGCGAUGAAGAACACAAAGACAACAUGCUGAUGUCUCUUCUUAAGACAAACACCCAGAUUUCAUCGUCACAAAGCUACAGUCUGCCUAAGAAAGUGCUUGACUUCACUAGGCUCAGCCAUGUGAAUGCUGGAGAGCCUCACGGAAGUGUGGUCAGUGCAACGAGUUUUCAUCCCACAAACAACUUGAUGUUGUCUGGAGGCCUUGACAAGAAACUCAAGCUGUUCAAUGUGAACCAUUCGAAGUCGAUCAGAGUGCAGUCGAUCCACUGCAAAGACCUCCCGAUAUACUCAGCGUCGUUCAUUCAGGGCGGAAAGCAAGUCAUCUUGAGCGGAGCCAGAAAGCACUUCUAUUACUACGACCUGGUCAAGAACGACUUGAUGAAGGUGUCCCACAUCUUUGGCAAGCAUGACGAGAAAGAUCUCAAGAAACUUGUGACUUCUCCGAUGUCUCCUUACUUCGCUUUUCUGGGUCGAACUGACCCGAAGUGAGUGAUGGUGAUGUCUGCUCAGACCAAGCAGUUGCUGUUCAACCUUAACAUCAGCUCGGGCAAACUACAAGACGCUGCUUUCUGAGGCAACUACAUAUUCAGUGUGGACACCAGUGGUUGCAUCCAGCAGUUCGACAUCAGGACGAGGACGGCUGUGUCGACUGUCGCAGAUUCUGGCAGCUACAACUCUACUUGAGUGAGUGUGUCCAAAUCGGGAAACUACUUGGCAACCGGAAGCUACUCUGGAAUUGUAAAUUUGUACGACUUGGGACAGUCAGGGAUUCUUGAAGAAAGCCAUAAGCCUUUGAAGUCAAUCCGCAACCUUACCACAGCAGUGAAUUUAGUGGAGUUUAAUCAUAACGAUGAGCUUCUAGCUAUUGGAUCUAAAUGGACUAAAAACGGGAUCAAACUUGUCCAUGUUGAUAGUCUUACAGUCUUUGAGAAUUUCCCAAGCUUUAAGAAUAAUGUGAAAUACCCAUUCAGCUGAGGAUUCAGCCAGAAUUCAGAGUUUUUGAGUAUUGGGAAUGAUGAAGGAAAUAACUACUUAUUCAGUCUGAAGCAUUAUUAGAG